AGAGAGAGAUAGAGCCCGUCGGCCACCGGGGCUGGCGGAGCAGUUGAGGAACUGGGUCGGCUUUCCGAUCCGGGUCCGCAGCCGCCUCCUCAGGCCUCCGACUCGGUCCGGCCGCAGCAAGUUCGCCUCCGCCCCGCGCAGCACCACGGCCCCCUCGUCCAACCCGGGACCCGGCGCGGCAGCCCCGCCCGGGCCGCCGGCCCGGGCCCUGCCUAGGCGCCCCCCGGCCGCGAGCCUGGGCCCUCGGGACCGCGACCGGAAGGGCCCACGCCGCCUCCCACCCUGAGCCGGGGGCCCCGCGGUCCGGCCCGGCCAUGUCCCCCACCGUCUCCCACAAAGACAGCAGCCGGCAGCGGCGGCCCGGCCCAGUCAACCAUUAUCUGGACUUGAAGAGCGGGCCGCUGCCGCCGGGUGCCUGGGACGACGAGCAGCCUGCCGACGGCGUCGGGGGCGAGGGGGACACGGAGGCCCUGCUGCGAGCCGCGGGCGUCGGACCCUCGCGGGGCUACCGGGCCGAGCUGAGCAGCAUCCUGCUGCUGCUCUUCUUGUACGUGCUCCAGGGCAUCCCGCUGGGGCUGGCCGGCAGCAUCCCGCUGAUCCUGCAGAGCAAGAACGUGAGCUACACGGACCAGGCCUUCUUCAGCUUCGUCUUCUGGCCCUUCAGCCUCAAGCUGCUCUGGGCCCCGCUCGUGGACGCCGUCUACUUCAAGAGCUUCGGCCGCCGCAAGUCGUGGCUCGUGCCCACGCAGUACAUCCUGGGGCUUUUCAUGAUCUACCUGUCCACGCAGGUGGAGCGCAUGCUGGACUGCGCCGAGGGCCGCAGCCCCGACGUCGUGGCGCUCACACUCACCUUCUUUCUCUUCGAGUUUUUGGCCGCCACGCAGGACAUAGCUGUGGACGGCUGGGCGCUGACCAUGCUGUCCCGCGAGAACGUGGGCUACGCGUCCACCUGCAACUCGGUGGGCCAGACUGCCGGCUACUUCCUGGGCAACGUGCUGUUCCUGGCCCUGGAGUCUGCGGAUUUCUGCAACAAGUACCUGCGCUUUCAGCCCCAGCCCCGAGGCAUCGUGACACUCUCAGAUUUUCUAUUUUUCUGGGGGACCAUAUUUUUGAUAACAACAACAUUAGUUGCCCUUCUAAAAAAAGAAAACACAGAAGUAAUACCAUCAAAAGAAGAAACAAAAGGGAUCACAGAUACUUACAAGCUGCUAUUUACAAUUAUAAAGAUGCCAGCAGUUAUGACUUUCUGCCUCAUGAUUUUAACUGCAAAGAUUGGCUUUUCAGCAGCAGAUGCUGUAACAGGUCUGAAAUUGGUAGAAGAGGGUGUGCCCAAAGAGCACUUAGCCCUCUUGGCAGUUCCCAUGGUUCCCCUACAGAUCAUCUUGCCUCUGAUCAUCAGCAAGUAUACUGCAGGCCCACAGCCACUAAAUGUGUUUUAUAAAGCCAUGCCCUACAGAUUAUUACUUGGCUUGCAAUAUGCUUUGAUGGUCUGGUGGACUCCAAAAGUCGAACAUCAAGGAGGAUUUCCAAUCUAUUACUAUGUUAUAGUGCUUCUGAGUUACGCCUUACAUCAGAUCACAUUGUACAGCAUGUACGUUUCUAUAAUGGCUUUCAAUGCCAAAGUUAGUGAUCCACUUAUUGGAGGCACAUACAUGACCCUUUUAAAUACUGUGUCCAAUCUGGGAGGGAACUGGCCCUCAACAGUGGCUCUUUGGCUAGUGGAUCCUCUCACAGUGAAGGAGUGCUCGGGAGUGUCAGACCAGACUUGUUGGACUCCUGAAACAUCUGAGCUUUGCAAAAAACUCGGUGGCUCUUGUGUUACUGCAUUGGAUGGUUAUUAUGUGGAGUCUGUUAUCUGUGUUAUUAUUGGAUUCGGUUGGUGGUUCUUUCUUGGUCCAAAAUUUAAAAAACUUCAGGAUGAAGGACCGGCAUCUUGGAAAUGCAGGAGGAACAAUUGAUGAAAUUCACUACAGGACAUACUAGGAAGGGGGGAGUAGUUUUAAUUUUAAUGUAAAUGUUAUGAUAAUCAAUACACAGGAGUAUAAGUACACUUUCAAAUAAGAAAAUUGUUCAUACAAAAAUGCCAAAUUGUUGCAAAGCUAAGACCUCUCUGUGUGGUCUUCCUUUCCUUGCCUUUUCAAUGUAAAAGUAUAUUUCAGGUCAGAAAAUUGGUUCUAAAAAGAGCCUCUCCUUUUUCUUGAAUUGAUAUCUAGUUUACUGACCAAUGCAUGUUUCAGACUUCAGUGCGGUGGCUCUGUGAGAGCUCUUCAUGUCUCCCAUGUAUUGUCAUUCACCCAUUCAGCUGAGAUGUGACAGUAGACACUUUGCUAUUGGGGCAGAUUUGGGACAGAUGCCUUAAGUGGAACAAAGUACAACUUUCAAUUAUGAGUAGGACCUUGUGGCUGGAAGUCUCUUUUUGGCUUUAACAUGCAGUAAUUUAAUUUGGAAUUGGCUGAGAGGAGAAAUUUAGAUUAUGGAGAUGCCAUUUUAACUUACUUUUGUGACCAUAACUAUGUUUUAAAGGGUGGAUCUUUGUGUUUAAAAAUAACACUUUUAACUGUAUUUUCUGGCUUUUGUAAGCAUUUCAAGAUUUAUAAGAAGAUGAAAACAUAUUUUUUAUAAAGUGAAAGUUAAGUUUUUUAAUUUAUUGACUUCAUUGGGGGAAAGGAAGCAUUCCGAAGCCUUGUUAACUUUUCUUACACUAAAUCUGAGGGGAUAUGGGGCUUUGUUAUGAGUGUCUCACAAUAAAGACUUGUAGAGAAGGGUCACACUUAAUUUUGUGUAUAUUUAAUGACAUAAUUUCAAAAAUAAAAAGAAAGCACAAUGUUAUUCAAGUAGUUUUCCUUUGUUGCUAAGAAAAAAAUAAUAAAACUUAGUAACUAACAUUCUUUUCCUUUUCUCCCCCUUUAAUUUUUAAUAAAAUUAAAACAUUAAUUUUUUUAAACAUCUGAUCUGUUUCAAAGAAAACGUCAAAGAUAUUAGUGCCUUUGACAGAAGCAAAUCAUGAUGCUAAUGGAAAGACCAAUUAAGAAAGCACUUUAUAAUUAGUGAGGAAAGAUGUCACAGUUCACUUAUGCCAAACAAGGUGUUUGUCACCUUAUUUCCACUUACUGUCACAGAAGCUGCUCUUGGCAAACCAAUGUUUUCUGAGCAGCCCCUGCUGUAUUGCAUAAGUUAAGUGAAUUCCUUUUGAGUGCCUUUGCAAUUUCCAACACCUGUACACGUAGAUCCACUGACAAGGCACUUUGCAUACCUUAUAUUUUAAGUCAUUAUGUCUCUUCAGAGAUAAUGUUAAUACCUUUAAAAGGUAAAGAUAGGAAAGAGAAUAUCUUCUGAUACUGAUUUUUAAUCCUUUUGAAAUUAAAUUUCAUAAGGUGCUCUUUCUGUUUUCCCUAGCCAUAUUUGGUUUUCUUUAGUGAGUUGAUUUUAUCUAAAAAAUGUUUACUAAUUUAUGACCUUGUUAAUUUUGUAAUAUAAACUGUAUAGUGAGUGGGGUUUUAUGAUUAUCAGAAUAAGAGCUGAAUGCUUUCUUUUUAAGGCGGUUAGCCUAUGAAGGAUAUGUGAACGAUGUCCUGUAAGCCUCUAGGAUUGCCAGUAUUUUUGCCCUGCUGCUGAUGUUGGUGGAUGCCACAUCCUGAAGAAUCACUGGGAAAGACGCUCAUCCUAGACAGAAGAAGGCAACAUUGAAUCCAGCAUGCCAGUUGUCAUGCUAGCAGAUUAUGCUGUUGCUGGGCUGGUCCAGCAUGAUGUAUUUUAUUUCAAAUGAUUUACUUGAAUAAAGGAAAAAUAGUUCUUAAUGUGAAAUGUAUUUUUAUCUUUAGUAUUUUGAUUUUAAAAGCUUAAAGUUUAGCCAAUGACAUGAUUGCAUUGUUCUCCUGAUCCAUUAGAAGGCCGUUACAAAGUAUAUGAAUAUAUGGGUUGUAACUUUUAGCCUAUAGACACUUAAAUAAUUUGGAUGUUCAAAAAGCAUUUUUUAAGAUAAGACUUGACAAUAUCAGAGCCACAUAAUAACUAAUGUUGUCAUGAAUUAGUUAUUUGUUAUAUAAAUGAUUAUAAUAUGCCAAGGCGAUUUGUUAAUAAAAUUUCACAUUUGAAA